UAGAAAUUUAACCAGUCGUCCUCUGAGCUAGCUGUCAGUCGCCCUUCAACACAGAAAGAGUGCUCUUCUCGGCCAAAACCGACAACAGCACAGCGUUAAAUCAUGGCAGGGACAAUUGCACGGAAAGCCAUUGACCACCUGAAAAGCAAAGAUUUCAGGGAUUAUUUGAUGAGCACGCAUUUCUGGGGCCCUGUAGCAAACUGGGGUCUUCCCAUAGCCGCCAUCGCAGAUAUGAAGAAGAGCCCAGAGAUUAUCAGUGGCAGGAUGACCUUCGCCCUGUCCUGCUAUUCACUGCUCUUCAUGAGGUUCGCCUACAAGGUGCAGCCACGCAACUGGCUACUGUUUGCUUGCCAUUUUACCAAUGAGGGAGCACAGCUAAUCCAGGGAAGUCGUCUCAUAAAAUACAGAAUGGAGAAGAAGAUGGGAUCUUAAUAGCAGUUUGAAGCAGAUGCAGAACAUUCACUGCAGAGUGGCACCCUGCUGCUUCCACAGACACCUACACCUGGACAUCAAAACCCAUACAUCUAAACAUAUUAUCUUAUCAUUGAAACCCGUAGCACUUGCACCAUUUUCUUAACAUGAUGUGCUUCAAUUUAGAUUUGAAAAUAGAAAAAAUAAUUAGAAAAUACAUUGUGGGUAAAUGUACAGUCAAGUAAAAACCCUGACAGUUGGAUGCCUUGCACACUGGAUCCACUGGCUUUUGCACAGUUUUAAAGCUAGUCUAAAUCAAUCAUUGUUCACAAACCAUCUCAUUUCAGGUCAUCAGCAUAACAUUUUUAGUACUUUCUUGUCUGCUUAGUAAUUAAAAUAAUAAUGAUGUUACAUAGAUAACUUAGCCCGAGGUCAGUUUGUGCAAAUAUGUCCACACCACAGUCGAUUAUCACUGGGUAGGCUUAUGGACUUUCCUUGAUUAGCCUUUGCUUAAACACAAAGGACACGGAGAACUAAGUCUUGUUUGUUGUGGCCCGGAGCAAGAUAUUAUGCUGUACAAUGAAGACUGUGUGUAUGAGGAUCCAGUUUGGCAUUGUUUUAUUAGAGUCUAGUAAAUAAUGAUUAUUAAACAAAUGUUUAAAUCAUACAAAAUAAAUAAAUACAUAUGCAUUUUAUGUGGUGAAGUUGCCAAUACUGUAAAGUUGUAUAACUGGGAUGAGACGGUCUAGGUUAUAAUCCUCCAUGACUAGGUAAGACAAGCUGCUUCUGUCAGUGCUGACCAAACAUAUACUGUGUUGUUGUCAUGUCAUUCACAUUAAUUUAUUGUCAUGUAAAAUUCACAUUAUUUUUCCCUGAUUAAUGAUUUGAUUCUCUGGGUUUGUUGAAAUAAACUGGCUAUAACCAACUUAAACACA